AUGGCUCGCAUAUUCAUCACCGGUUCAAGCGACGGCAUUGGCCAAGCUGUCGCCAAAAUCCUUGCAGAGCAAGGCCAUUCGGUUGUUCUUCACGCCCGAAACGCCAAACGUGCCGCUUCAACUCAGAAGGCAGUCCCUAAAGCAGAAGCCGUUCUAGUGGGCGACCUACGAUCAAUCUCCGAGACAAAGAAACUCGCUCAAGAAGCCAACGCCUUGGGAAACGGAAUAUUCGAUGCAAUCAUUCAUAACGCAGGCAUUGGAUACGGUACCACCUCCAGUCGCGAGAUUACCGCAGACAAAAUCUCAGCUGUCUUCGCUGUCAACACGUUAGCGCCGUACAUCUUGACCUGCCAAAUGAAAAGGCCAACAUCGCGGCUGCUCUAUAUGAGCUCAGACAGCCACUACGGUGGAGAUGAGAGUUUACGAAAUAUGACACAAUCUCAUUCGUACAGUGACAGCAAACUACACGAUGUGAUGCUUGCUAAUGCCUUUGCUCGCCGAUGGGGGAAAGAUAUUCAAGUCGUGAGCAUGCAUCCUGGUUGGGUCAGGACCAAGAUGGGUGGCAGUAUGGCCCCUGGGGGUUUGGAUGAACCUGCUCAAGCACUGGCAGAAUGGGCGAUCGGAAAGGGUAAAUUGGCCAGCUUGCCUAGUGGAACGUUCUUUACGACGCGCGGGGCCAAGUCAGCGCAUCCUGGAGCGGGUAAUGUGAACAAGCAGGAGGAAUUAUUGAAUUCUUGCAAGGAAGUCUCUGGGGUAGCUGUUCCAGGUGAGUAA